GAAUCGUCGAAGAAGCGCCCCGACCGCCUCCCGCCACCCUCCAAAGGAAGCAUGAGCAAGCUGAACUCCGAGCUGCUGUCGCAGGCCGUGGACGACAUCCUGGCCUUCUCUGCCGGCGAGACCGUCACCAUCAACGGUGACGAGCUCAAGGGCAAGAAGCGUAACUUUAACGAGACCAUCGAGCUGCAGAUCGCGCUCAAGAACUACGACCCGCAAAAAGACAAGCGUUUCAGCGGCACGUUCAAGCUGCCCACCGUGCCGCGCCCCAACAUGAAGAUCUGCGUGCUCGGUAACGCGGUGCACUGCGAGAUGGCCGAGAAGGAGGGCUUUGAGUUCAUGACGGUGGACGACCUCAAGAAGUUCAACAAGAACAAGAAGGCCGGCAAGUUCCCGACCCUCGUGACGUCCAACGACUCGCUGACCGAGAAGGCCGAGGCCGUGCGCGCCACCAUCAAGUUCCAGAUGAAGAAGGUCAUGUGCCUCAACGUCGCCAUUGGCCACGUGGGUCUGGACAAGCAGCAGAUUGUGGUCAACACGCAGCUGGCUGCCAACUUCCUGGCCUCGCUGCUGAAGAAGAACUGGCAGAACAUCAAGGUGCUGUACCUCAAGUCCACUAUGGGCCCCGCCGUGCAGAUCUUCUUCUAGGUUUUUCUGUGCUGCCUUUAGUGCUGUAUGGGUUACUGUGACUGGACUGAGAAGACAGUCAGCAAGACGUCUCACCAUUGCAUUUCUGGUGCAAUGGAAGCUACUUCGACUUUGAAAAGGUUAACAAUUUGAAGGGAAUUUCGUUACCAGCAA